AUGUUUCACCAUGCGGGUCCUACAACAGUGGAGGGUUUUGAGUCAUUUAGCUUGUUAUAUCAUUGUGGACGUACCACUCUGGACCACACCCUACCGAAGAUAGGCUUGCUAUCGAUUCUUCGCAAAAAAAAGUGUCCCGUCGACGACUUCCGAAUAGGAGCCCUCUCAAGGUCCAGUUAUUUCCGCCUGACGUUUGAUCGCAUGCCCUCCACACCGAUGGAAUAUCAAAAUAUACAGGCACGGAGAGCUCCUGAGGUAUGUCCGAUGGGCUUGGUGAUCAUCGUACUCUCAGGUGUCUUGUCCGUCAAAAUUUGCAUGCUCCCAAAAUCUACCUCUGGCGGGCGGCAUGGGAUUCAGAUCUGUUGGAAUCUGCGAGAGAGUUCGAGCAAUCCGGCAUUCCGGCAUGCUGAACUAGACGAGCGGAACCGCUCGUUAUUGUCUGUUUUGGACGAUCCCCGACUUGGAUCCGAAGCCUUCAUUCACUCACCCUCACUUGGCAACAGUGGACCCCCGACUUUCAGUCGGGGGACAUGUCCACGGAUAGACCUGGAAGCCUGCGCACGAGAAUAUUUCAUAUCCUUCAACUCGGAUCCGAAGGCGAGGGCGAUCUUUGUCUCUUCUGAGCCAACGCCGUCAUCGCGUCAAACCGUCACCGUUACUUGGUCCCAAAAUAGUCUCCCAAUUCUGUGCUACAGAACCCCGCCUCUCUCUCUAUCAUCAUCAAUCGGCUUAUUCCGUUCGUGCACUCUCCACGAAACACGUAUCCUGUAUUUCUACCGUCGCAGAGCAGUGACCGCACCUGUUUCACGAUCUCAAUUCACCAUCACGACAUCUCAGUUCCUUGACACUGUUCAUGGAACCGCAUUAUCCGUAUCCUUCUUCCUCUCACCACGUACCAUCACUAUCAGUUUCCAGCUCAGACAGCAGCAUGACAAUCAGCCCGAACUCGACUAG